AGAAGAAACUCACGCAUGCGCAGUGCUUCUUCUCCCAAACCACGUGUCGCAGUCUGCAGUUGUUCGGUACGCACGCUGUACGUUGUGCUUUCGCGGUGUUUUAGUAAUUUAGUGCGAGUUUUUUUUGUUUGUUUGUAUUUCAAGCUUUUCUUUGAACCCCGCAGGUGUUUGUCCUCCGUGAAGCUUUCGCCGAGAGGACUUGAGCUAAGCUCUAAAAUCAUGACUGAACCUGAAGUAAACCCUAAAGCUUACCCUUUGGCUGAUGCCACUUUGACCAAAACUAUACUGGACCUCGUGCAGCAGGCGUCCAACUACAAGCAGCUGCGUAAAGGAGCAAACGAGGCCACUAAAACACUGAACCGUGGAAUUUCUGAGUUCAUCGUUAUGGCUGCUGAUGCUGAACCGCUGGAGAUUAUUCUACACCUUCCAUUACUGUGUGAGGAUAAAAAUGUGCCUUACGUCUUCGUGAGGUCCAAGCAGGCCCUUGGACGAGCUUGUGGUGUGUCCAGACCCGUUAUUGCCACAUCAGUCACCAUUAAGGAAGGUUCACAGCUGAAACCGCAGAUCCAGUCUGUGCAGAUGGCAAUUGAGAGACUUUUGGUCUGAGCUUGUUGUGAUUUUUUUUUAACAUCAAAAUCAGGUUAAUUUUUUGUUAAACUUCUGUAAACCAUGUAUAGUCCUCAUGAUUUAAAAUUCUUCUUUUGAUAUGAUUAGAUUUAGGGAAAGUUGUAUGAUCAAGUUGAACCGAUUGGAAUUAGGUUAGUUUUGGAGAAAAAGUAAUGAUUUAGAGCAUGUUUGUGAUUUAUAGCAUGUUUGUUUGAUUUACUUUUCAUUUCUAAAUUGUGUUGCUCUUACAUUUAACAUUAUUUUUGCUUCUGUUUUUUUAUGUACAAACCUAUUCUGGGGACUUCAAUAUUCAAAAAUAAAUUUUAGAAAUCUG